AUGUCUUCCUUCGCAUCUUCUUUGAAAGACCCCAGUCUCUUUGUCCAGAAGUCAUACAUCAAUGGUCAAUGGACGUCGUCAGACUCUGGUAAGACCUUCCAGGUCAACAACCCGGCAACAGAAGAGCUCAUCGGCACAUGCCCUGAGUCAACCAUUGGCGACCUCAACAACGCCAUCGAUGCCGCAGCCAAGGCAUUCCCAGAGUGGAAAGCACUAUCGGGUCGUCAACGAAGCCGCAUCAUCGGGCGCAUCUUUGAUCUCUUAGUCGACAACCAAGCAGACCUCGGCAAGAUCAUCACCGCCGAGAAUGGCAAAGCAAAAGGAGAUGCUGAGGGCGAGGUGAUGUUUGGGGCAAGUUUCUUCGAGUGGUACGGCGAAGAGGCUGCUCGGAUCUAUGGAGAUAUCAUUCCCCACAGCAACCCAACUCACAGGACCCGCGUCGUCAAAGAGCCCAUCGGCGUUUGUGGUUUAAUUGUGCCUUGGAAUUUCCCUCUCGCGAUGGGCGCUCGCAAGGUGUCGGCAGCUCUCGCAGCUGGAUGCACCGUUGUAAUGAAGUCUGAUGGACUUACACCGUUCUCUUCAAACGCGCUAGCUGUGCUUUGCGAGAGGGCUGGCGUACCUCCUGGAGUUUUCAAUGUUUUCACAGCGUUGGAAAACACACCUCAACUUGGACUGGCUUUAUGCCAGUCAGACGUCGUGAAGAAGAUUUCUUUCACGGGCUCGACAAGAGUUGGCAAGUUGUUGAUGCAACAGUCAAGCAGCACUCUUAAGAAAUUGAGUCUUGAGCUGGGAGGUAACGCGCCCUUUAUCGUGUUUGAUGAUGCGGAUAUAGACAUCGCGAUUUCCAGCGUCCUCGUCUCCAAGUUCAAGGUCACUGGCCAGACAUGCGUGUGCGCCAAUCGGAUCUUCGUGCAAGAGGGAAUUUACGAUAGGUUUAGCCAGAGGCUGGUGGAGGAAGUCAGAAAGUUCCGAGUUGGCAACGGCACAGACGCGUCGGUCACUCACGGGCCCUUGACCAACGGCGUUGGCAAGGUAGAAGAGCAUAUCAAGGACGCCGUCGCCAAGAACGCAAAGAUUUUGCUAGGCGGUAACCGAUUACCAUCAGCCGGCAAAAACUUUUACGAGCUCACCAUUCUCGGAGAUGUCGAUGACUCGAUGAAAGUGACACAAGAAGAGACAUUUGGUCCCCUUGCGGCAUUGACGAAGUUCUCUACUGAAAAAGAGGUCAUUGAGAGGGCCAACAAGUCUGAAGUCGGACUGGCAUCAUACGUCAUCACGAACGACCUAGCUAGGUCAACCCGAGUAUCAGAGCUUCUGGAGUUUGGAAUGGUUGCCAUCAACACUGGUGUCAUCUCAGACGCUUCUGCGCCAUUCGGAGGCGUCAAGCAUUCCGGCUUUGGCCGGGAAGGCAGCAAAUAUGGGCUUGAGGACUACUUGACCAUCAAGAUGAUCGUGACCGGCGGCAUCAGCACGCGUCUGUAG